GGAAGGCGCGCCAAGGCUCUCACCCCAUCGCGCAGCUCGGGUGGUAGUCGUCUCUCACCGUUCAGUUCCAGAGUCUGGCCGCCUCGAGGAGCCCGGGUCCUGAGCCCCUCAGGGGUUGGCGGGUCCUGGGGCAGGUUGGCUAACGCAGGAUUCCCUGCCAUUGCUUGGAAGAGACAGAUGGCGCUAAGACUACCAAGACCCCAGAUCCAGGAGUCAUUGACAUUUGGGGAUGUCACUGUGACCUUUACCCAGCUGGAGUGGAGAUACCUGGAUGCUGACCAGCAGGCCCUGUACAGGGAUGUGGUGAUGGAGAACUAUGGGAAUCUGGUGUCUGUGGGGCUUCUCUCUUCCAAACCCAAACUAAUUACUCAGUUGGAGCAAGGAGAGGAGCCUUGGAUGGAGGUGCAAGAGGUUCCCUCAGUCCAAGAGUAUUGGCCUAAAACAAAGAUGUCAGCCCUAAGGCAAAAUCCUUCCGAAGGAUCUGUUCUUGGAGAGCAAGCAAAAACUCUCAUGUUGGAAAGAGGCCUGGAUUGGGAGAGCAGAAACUCCACAGAGAAGAAAUCCUAUAAAUGCAAGGAAUGUGGGAAAGUCUUCAAAUAUAACACCUCCUUUAUUAGCCACCAGAGAAACCACAUUCAUGAGAAACCAUAUAAAUGUAAAGAAUGUGGGAUAGCUUUUAUGAGCAGUUCAUCUCUUUUAAAUCAUCAUCAAAUUCAUUUGGGCAGUCCACCUUAUAGAUGUAGUAAAUGUGGGAAAUUCUUCAAGAAACCAUCAACAUUUAUUAACCAUCAGAAGAAUGAAUCUAGAGAAAAAUCCCAUAAAUGCAAUGAAUGUGGAAAAGCUUUCAGAAAGAAUUCUAUCCUUUUAAGUCAUCAGAGAGUUCACACUGGCCAGAAACCCUACAAAUGUGAAAUCUGUGGGAAAGUCUUCGCUCAGAAUUCAUCCCUUACUCAGCACAAAAGAAUACAUAGUGGAGAGAAACCUUUUAAAUGUAACUCAUGUGGGAAAGCUUUCAGGGAUAGAUCAACUAUAUGGCAACACCAAAGAAUCCAUACUGGUGAGAAACCAUAUAUGUGUAAUGAAUGUGGAAAAGCUUUUUGGAAGAGCUCAGCUCUUAAUAAUCAUCGAAGAAUGCAUGUAGGAGAGAAACCCUAUCACUGUAAUCAAUGAGGGAAAUCUUUCAGGUACCGCUCAUCUUUGAUUUAUCAUCAAAAGACUAGUGGAAAUAAACCCUAUCACUGUAAAGACUAGGAAAGCUUUCAUGAAGACCUCACCCUUCCUGGACAUCAGAAAAUUCAUACUGGAGAAAAAUCCUAUCAAUAUAAGAAGUGUAGGAAGUUGUUUUGGCACCUCUCAGGUCUUAUUGAGCAUCAGAGGCUGCAUACCAGAGAAAAACCUUACAAAUGUAAUGAAUGGGGGAAGAGUUCAGCCCUUAAACAACAUAAGAAAAUUCAUUAUCAAGAAAGAGCAGUCUAAUGUUAGUGUGGUAACUCAUGCAGGAGUGGUUUAUUCCUUCCUAUCAUUA